ACUUUCUGUAAUAGAACAGUCUUGUGAAAAGUUGUGAAUAAUUACAUAAAUAAACAAGUGCAAUGAACUACCAGAUGUCUCCUGUAAAGCUUUACAUACAAGAUGUAUUUAGAGCGAAGCAAACUGAAGAGAACCGUUAUAUUUACGAAAUGUUCGGCUUGCAGUUCAAGAAUAUCAUGAUACACGGUGUAGUAACCGCUGUAUACAAUAAAACUAGUGAAACUACGAAUUUCGAGCUAAGUGACCCAACAGGCUGCAUCCAAAUUUACUAUGAUACUAAAAAAAACAACUACAAAUUGCCUGAUGGCACUAUGAAUGACCUAGUAAAAUCUUUUGCGCUUAAAUCUCAAUCUGCACAUGAUAAAAUACUUACAAUGUCUGCAAUGCUGAAUUCUAUAGAAAAUAAUUAUAAAAACAAGUUUAAUUUUGAUAGUGGUUCGCAUGUUUGUGUUGUUGGUGAUAUUUUUGUGGAUGAUUUUAGGAAUGCAAGAAUGAUUUGUGCCUAUAGCUGUAAAACUACUUCUGUUGAAAGAGACAUAGUAUGGUUAGAAGAACUAAGAUAUAUAUAUGAUAGGUAUUAUCUUCAAACUAAAGGAAUCAGUACCUAGGGAUAUGUUAUCAUAGUCGUUAUCAAUAUAUAUGUAUGUUGCUGGGCUAGGUCUCUAUAGUCUUAAACUAUUCAACUAUUCAAUUUUUAUAUUUAUUUUUUCUGGCUAUAUUAGAAUGGAUUUUCCAGUUCAGUGUUAAGUUUGCACCAUCUUAAGACCCUAUUUAUCUUUUGAGUGAGCUACUCCAUAUUUAGCCACUUAAGCUUCAAAAGCACUUGGCAACAAAUAAAAACUCUAUUUUCUG